AUGCCAAAAAACUUAUUUGACAUGUUUAUAUUAUUUUGUUUGAGCUUAUGGAGUGGUGUGUUUGGUGUUGAUGAAGUGAAGUCAGUGUCAGUGACGGAGGGAGAUUCUGUCACUCUAAACUCUGAUGAUACUGAUAUAAUGGGAGAUGAACUGAUAAUGUGGAGAUUUGGAAACAACAACAGUCUCAUAGCUAAAAUGAACAGAAAGGACAAUAAGAGAGAGUUUUAUGAUGAGAGAUUCAGAGACAGACUGAAGCUGGAUCAGACUGGAUCUCUGAGCAUCACAAACACCAGAACCACAGACUCUGGACUUUAUCGAGUACUCGGCACCAGAACAGAAACACCACUCAGCAUAUUCAAUCUCACUGUCUAUGCUCAUCUGCCUGUUCCUGUCAUCAGCAGUAAUUCAUCAUCGCAAGGAUCAUCAGUGUCCAGUUGUGUGUUUCUGUGUUCAGUGGUGAAUGUGGGUCAUGUGACUCUCUCCUGGUACAAAGGAAACAGUUUAUUGUCCAGCAUCAGUGUGUCUGAUCUCAGCAGAAGUGUUUCUUUAUCUCUGGAGUGUCUGGAUGAUUCCUACAGCUGUGUGCUGAACAAUCCCAUCAGCAACCAGACGAGACAUCUCAACACUGAGCUCUGUCAGCCAUGUGCAGAUGACUGUGUCUGCUGCUGUGGUUUUACUGAAGCUGUGAUCCGAUUGGUUCUCUCUGCUCUGGUGGGCGUGGCUGCUGUUGCUGUGCUGGUUUAUGACAUCAGAUACAUAAGUCUUCAACAGAAGAGAAGAGAGCAGACAUCAGCAUCAAACUCUGAUUAAUCAGAUACUCAGAAAAGUGGAGAUCGUCUCAGUGACUGGAGAUGUUAGAUCACAAGAAAUAUCAUUUAAGUAAUUCAUUUUUUUAUUUUUCAGAAUCUAAACUCUCCUUUUUAGUUUGCAUUUCUAAUGUUAUUUAUAUAUCGCUUUUCACAAUACAAAUCAUUAUAAAGCAGCUUUUCAAAGAACAGUGUCUUACAUUAUGCACAGUGAUUAAUAAGAUAAGCAAUAAAUAGAAUGAUGUUGUUGUUUUUGUAUUCUGUUGUAUUUGUAUUAUUGUAAGAUAAGUUGUAGAAUCAAAGACUCCCACAUAGAAUAGAAUAUAGUGAUAUUACUGUUUCCAUUCCAUUGCUCACUGUUGUAUUUGAGAACACAAAAUAAUGUGAUUCUAUUAAUCAACAUUUGUUGUAAGCCAUGAUUAAUGUUCAGUUAUUUUAAUUGAAUUUGUGGGCUUUUUAGUAUAGGUAAAUAUAUGUCACUGUAAAUGUUUACAUGAGGCAACUUUUUGAGCAAUUUUGUCAGGAAAUGUUGCUUGGGCACUUUCCCACUGCAAUACAUUUCUAUCUGGAUACUUUUGAUCGAUUAUGGAUCCUAUCACCUUCAAUCUCCCAUGUGGUGAAAUUUUUAAUAUGAACAGAACUGUUAAUAAGUGGGAAUCCUUUUCUUUGAAUAGACCGACUAUUACUUAUAUUUGUUACAAUAUUUAGUUUUACGUUAGUGCAGUGCUUCUCAACUCCAGUCCUCAGGAAUCACCUCCCAGGAUAUUUUAGAUGUCUCUCUGUUCAACACACUAGAAGGUGAUGAGUUGAAUCAGGUGUUUUAAUUAGUGAGACAUCAAAAACAUUCUGUUAGGUGGG